ACCUCCGCCGGACGCGCACGCUCACAGCGCUCCGCAUCACCCAAACCCGCGCCGCGCUCGCGCUAUGCCGUCGACCCGACAACAAACUUUUGUGUUCGUUAACUUUUUUCAUUUUCCUUGUGUAAGAUAUAUUCCGGGAAUGGGCCAGUGAUUUAUUGAUUCUAUUUAAGUGUCUUAUUCUUUGAACUUUAUGAACUUAUCGAAAUAAAAAAAACUAACUUAAAGUUGACUCGAAUCGAUGAUGGUGUCAGAAGGGGCACUGCCCGUAGUUUGGUGUAUACGCGAUAAUCAACUAGUGCCUCAUCAAGUUUCCGGUGUUAAAUUACAAGGAGCAGUGACUGGAGCUCACAUAGCUGCCGUAACGGACUUUUUGCGUAUGGUCGCCGGAACUCCUAUUGUGUUGCCACAUACAGCGGUUCCUGAAAAUGUCGAUAACGACAUUAAUCAAGAAAAAGAAAAUUCUGAGAAAGAAACUCGAAGACGUAAAAUGUCAAUGCAAGUGGAAGUACCUUGUGUUUUUGUUACAGAAAGCGCGCUGCAGAAAGCGAAAAGUCGUAGCAAUUCUCUAGAUGAAAAGGUUUUGUUUAACAAUUGUAAUAUACCUUCAACGACCAAACGAUAUUUAGAGUUAGAUGGAAGAUCAAAAUCCUUAGAAAUGAAAACGUGUGAUGACUGCAAUUUAGUCCCCGAAAACGAUUGUGUGAAAUCAUUUACACAACGAAUUACGAGAAUUAUAGAAGUAGACGAUAUUAAUCCUAAUGUAGUAAAUACUGAACCUGAAAAGGAACCACUGCAAAGAAUAACUAGGAUUAUCGAAUUUGAAGAUAACAAACCGCCUUCACCGGUGUCUUCAGACAGAGAAAAUGAAAUCACACAAAGAAUCACAAGAAUCAUUGAACUUAACGAUGAUAAUUCUUUUACCACCACUACGAAUAAUAGCGAAAUUGAUAAAGAAUGCACUCAAAGAUUAAGUAGGAUAAUCGAAUUGGAAAAAGAAAGCUCUUUUCCUAGUAUGACCAAAAUAAUAGAAAUGGAGAACGAAAUAUCAAAUGAAAGAAGAAUUUCUCUUACAAAUGAACGAGAAACCGGAGGCGGAUUAAUCGAAAGCUAUCCCGAAGAUGUAGUUGUAAGAUCAAGUAGGCUAUUACACAGAAAUAACCCUAGAAUAAGUCUUGAUUCUUCGUGCUCCGAAAACUCUUACGUCAAUAUUGACUGUUUCAAGAGUUUGCAGGAUGUAAGAAAAGAAGAAUUGACAGAUGGUGGUGUGAGUCCAGAGACAUCACCGACUUGCAAAUCUGUACGAUCCAGAUUUCCGAGGAAAAAGACUUCUGUAUGUUCGAUUGGAUCUUCGGACUAUGAUGACGAGGUAGACGUUAUUUUCAAAUCAAAACCCAAAUCUAGUCAGUGGUUAAGUCUCGACUGGAUACCGCCACCGUCCAAAGAAGAGCCAGUGAUGUCGCACGUCUGUGAUAAAAAUGAUUUUAUAACUAAAUGGAUUGCUGAACAAAAUUCGCAAGAGUCAGGUAUUAUUGCAGAUGAAAGAAGAAAAAGUCUCCCACCAAAAUCAAAUGAAGUAUAUCUUCAGAAUAUGAGAAGAUUCAGCGAUGGUUUACAGAUAUGCAAAGAGGAUGCUGCCAGUGACUCACCGGCUACAGUAAAAUGGAAAUGGCACGACAUUGUAAAGCGACAUCUACAGCUACUGAAAAGUGAUAAAGGAUUCAGGCGACAAAGAGGCAGUUGGAUAAGAACUGCUCGCCGUCUAUCUGGUACAAAUGUUAACAACAAGAGCUUUGAGGGACUGCCGUUCGAUACGUACAUGAAAUUAAUAUCAAUGCCAUGGUACUUCCGCAAAAUAAAACGAAUCGAAGCGGAGAAGAAGCUACUUCUGCCGGAAAACGAACAUGGCGCUUUCCUCAUCCGAGAUUCAGAGAGCCGGCAUAACGACUUCUCGCUGUCGGUGCGAGAUGGCGAUACGGUGAAGCACUACCGAAUCAGACAGUUGGACGAGGGCGGCUUCUUCAUCGCGAGACGCACCACCUUCAGAACGCUCCAGGAACUGGUGGAACACUACAGCAAGGACGCGGACGGACUCUGUGUAUCUCUCAGCAAACCUUGUGUACAGGUGGAGAAACCAGUGACAGAAGGUCUCUCGCACAGAACGCGGGACCAGUGGGAGAUUGACCGCUCGUCCUUGAAGUUCGUGAGGAAACUCGGCCAUGGCCAGUUUGGCGAGGUCUGGGAGGGCCAAUGGAACAACACCACGCCUGUAGCGAUCAAAACUCUCAAGUCUGGCACUAUGGACCCAAAGGACUUCCUUGCAGAGGCACAGAUAAUGAAGAAGCUGCGACACAACAAACUGAUCCAGUUGUAUGCUGUUUGCACGCUCGAGGAACCAAUUUAUAUCAUAACGGAGCUGAUGAAGAAUGGCUCUCUGCUUGAUUAUUUGCAAGGCAAGGGCCGCGGUUUGAAACUGCAGCAACUUAUCGACAUGGCCGCGCAGAUAGCCAGCGGGAUGGCGUACCUCGAGUCUCAGAACUACAUCCACCGCGACCUGGCCGCCAGGAACGUGCUCGUGGCUGAGUCCAAUAUCGUCAAGAUUGCGGACUUCGGGCUCGCGAGACUCAUCAAGGAGGAUGAAUACGAAGCUCGAGUGGGUGCCCGCUUCCCCAUCAAGUGGACCGCCCCCGAAGCAGCUAACUACAGCAAGUUCUCUAUUAAAUCCGACGUGUGGUCCUUCGGUAUCCUGCUCACGGAGCUCGUCACGUACGGACGAAUACCAUACCCAGGCAUGACGAACGCCGAAGUCCUGCACCAAGUGGAGCACGGCUACCGCAUGCCGUGCCCGCAGAACUGCCCGGCGCCGCUCUACGAGAUCAUGCUGGAGUGCUGGCACAAGGACCCGCUGAAGAGGCCCACCUUCGAGACGCUGCAGUGGAAGCUGGAGGACUUCUUCACCAUGGACAACUCCGAGUACAAGGAGGCGUCCGCCUACUGAGCCCGGCCCUCCCUGCCGCCCCACCGACACGCGCACGAACACCAUACGCCAGGGCUGUACCACAUGCCGCCGGAGCUGCAAAUGCUGCACAGCAGCGCUUCGAUGCAACACCUGCAGAUGCACCAGCUCGCCGCCCACCAGGCGAGUAUCGCGCAGAUGCAGCUGCCCGGCGUUCCGUUGCAGCAUCUCGGGCAAAUGCCACACAAUCUCGGCCAAAUGCCGCUCAAUUUGGGCCAAUUGCCGCACAACUUGGGCCAAUUGCCGCACAACUUGGGCCAAAUGCCGCACAAUAUCGGGCAGAUGCAGCACACGGCGAGCCUGGCGCAGAUCCCGCAGGUGCGCACAUCGAGGCAGCUGUGCCACCACCACGCCGGCCAGAGGCACGCGCCGCUCGCUGCCAACUACCGCGCGCCCUGAACUACUGGUAUAUUUACGAUCGUUGACAAAACAUGUGUCUUAUCUUAACACUUUCUCCAUUAAUCAAGAGGCACUAAAACAGAUCAGACACAUGACUCGUCAAUGUUCGGGAAUAACCCGGCUGUCCGUAUAUCACCUCGCCCAUUACAUCGCCACUGCCAGUUUUUGAUAUGUCUGUAAAACAAGUAGCGGUGAGGACCGUAGUUUCUCAGUGUUUCUCA